CAACGGCUCUACGGGAGGCUGAUGGAAAGCAACCCUAGUCCUCCCCACGCUGACCAAGAUGGAGCCCAGGAGACUGGAAAGGAGGUUGUGAGCCCAGAGGCCUACAUCAAGCAUCCCCUUCAGAACAGAUGGUCUCUGUGGUUCUUCAAGAAUGACAAGAGCAAAACAUGGCAGGCCAACCUGCGCCUCAUCUCUAAAUUUGACACGGUCGAAGAUUUUUGGGCCCUCUACAACCACAUUCAGCUGUCAAGCAACCUCAUGUCGGGCUGUGAUUACUCCCUUUUUAAGGACGGCAUCGAGCCCAUGUGGGAGGACGAGAGGAACAAGCGAGGCGGACGCUGGCUGAUCACGCUCUCCAAGCAGCAGAGGAGAUCAGACCUGGACCGCUUCUGGCUGGAAACUCUCCUGUGUUUAGUGGGAGAGGCGUUCGACGACUACAGCGACGACGUCUGCGGAGCCGUCGUCAACAUCCGCAACAAAGGGGACAAAAUAGCCGUGUGGACGUCCGACUACGAGAACCGGGAUGCGGUCACACACAUCGGGAGGGUUUACAAGGAGCGCCUGGGGCUUCCUAUGAAGAUGACGAUCGGCUACCAGUCGCACGCCGACACGGCCACCAAGAGCGGCUCCACCACCAAGAACAAGUUUGUAGUCUGAGAAAUGGCCUCUUCCCUUUACCUCGCCUC